CUAUCGCGUUCAGCGCCAUUGCAACUCCACUUUCCGAUAGCUGCUGUUGUCUAGCUCCGCAUUGCCCUUUCCCGAUUUUCUGUCGGGCAAUGCUUCUCAGGACAGAAUCCACUUGCUUGUUGUACUCUGAAUAAGAUGCUGCGAUUUUUGCGCUAACGGGAGCGACAUAGGACUCUGAGCGACCCGUCACUGGUUGUUUCUGAAUAAAUCAUUCCGUAGCGUCGACAACUGCAUGCCACUGGGUCGUUUUCUAGGAAUGGACUAUCAAAGCCCCAGUUCAGAGGACUUGUACGACAAUAGCGAGUCGGGUAGCGCUUAUAACGAAUCCUCGAUUAGUCCCCCAGCCUCCCAAUAUACCUCCUCCUCUUCCGCAUCCCCUCCAGGAUCUCCUCCCCUCGGUGCUGACACCCCCAGAAAUAACGAUUCCAGAACCAUUUCGCCUGAGGGCAAUGACGACCCGAGCGAGCUUUCUGCGAGCUCGUGCGACGAGCCGAGCGACAAUCCGCUUUCGCCGUCAGCGGAGCGGCGGCGUCGCGGGCUUCGCACGUCGUUCUACACGCAGGCGGAUGCCCUCUUUCGCAAGAACGUCGCAUACCAGCGUCGCAACUGGGGCACGAACGCAUGCGUCGUCAGCCUCCCGGCCCUUUUAUGCCUCUUCCUACAAGCGCUCCAAAUCCUGCUUAAUAACGUUAUGAUGUCCACCUACAAAUGCGGAUGCGGCUGCCCCAAGGAGUUUAGACUACCUGACGGCACCUGCCCACCUGAGAGAAUCACCUGCGGUCCGGAGUACUCCACCGCGUCGCAGAUGCCCUUCUGCGCUGUCCCCGAGCCGCCCAUGUGGCCGGCUUUUGUCCAAGUACCGGCAAACGCGGCCAGAGCCGCUGCGCCGCCAGGGGUAGGAGCUUCGUUGGGGCUUCCGCCGGACACGUGUCGGUCUGAGAGUGGCCAGGGCUGCCCGACGGUGAUACUGUACACGGGACACAAUCGAACCGCCGCAGAUGCAAUGGCGUCCUUCCUCGUGCCUGACGUGCUCUACACGUCACUUAGAUCCGUCAGGAAACAUCCGACCACUUUCCUUACCACGAGCGACGCCGUGGCUUCCGCCGCAUCUCGCGCCGACUCCCCUCCGCCAGCCGCCUCAGUCUCAGCUCCCCCCGUGUCCGUCCCCGUGGGCGGAACAAAGCCGCCGUUGCUCCGCGGGCAAUCAGGGGGGGUGGCGGAGACUCUCUCCGCGCCUGGGCUGGGGGAGGUGCACAGCAUGGGGGGAAGCGGGACUGUUGCGGGAGUGGCGCAAGCCGUUAGGGGGAAGGGGCAGGCCAGCAAGGGGAGGAGAAGGGGGAGGCGUCAGGUGGCGAAGCAUGACGUGCGGAGACGACUGAAAGAGAUCGUGACUAUAGCGGGAGUGGAGAAGGCAAUAUCGCGGAUGCAGAAAGAACAGAGUAGGAGAGGCGCUCGCUUUAUGCAGCAGAUUAGCAUGAGCAGCGGCGGCGGCAGCAGCAUUGAAAGCAGACGCGGCAGUAGCAGCGAAAGAAGCAGCAGGAGUAGCAACUUAGACGAGGGCAAACAUAACCCACUGGGAGUGCGAAGAUUAAUCAAGGAGUGGAAAACGCCUAGUCGCCACCACAGCCAGCACAGCCAGAACCGCAACACGACAGCAGGGUACUGGGUGCCGUCGUACGUAUACGACCUGUCCCAGGUGACGCCCGGCACGGCGACCUACCCCGGAUGGAGCCUGCUGCUGGAAGAGGCGGUGUCGCCCGUGGGGUGGCAGGCGAACUCGUCGCUGCUGCUGCUGCUGCCGCAGUGCCGCGGCGGGAUGAAGGGGUUUACCGUCAACGCCACGGUUGCUGACGGCGUCACGUUUCCUAUUCGAGUGGAGUGUGUUGCUGUAGACACCGUAUGGAGGGACGCCCAAGCGGAUAUCGACACCGAACUGUACGCAGGCUACUACCAGGCGAAUCCGGAGCAGGCCACUAACGCGUACACAGCAGCCUUCGACUUCCAGGACUCGAAUCCGACUCGUUAUAACCCCGUGGUUCAGUACAAUUCCUCCUAUAACAACGCCAGCAUUGGCGGCGCUCCCGCCACUCUCCUCCGCUUCGCCCGCCUCCUGAACCUCGCCUCCAACGCCUUUGUCAAGACCUUCUAUAGCGCGGGUGGGUCUAAUAGUGCUGCCGCUGGUGACGCUGGUGCAGCAGAAGCAGCAGCAGCAGCAGCAGCAGCGGAGAUUCCUUUGCUAUUUGUGAAAGACUUUCCCAAAGUGGAAACCACACUUGGCGUGGACUUCGCGUCCCUUCUCGGCCCGCUGUUCUACAUGUGGCUGCUGCAGCUGCUGCUACCCGUGAUGGCGGUGGCGCUGGUAUACGAGAAGGAGCAGCAGCUGCGGGUGAUGAUGAGGAUGCAUGGGCUAAAGGACGGACCCUACUGGCUCGUGGCGUACAUCUACUUCCUCCUGCUCUCCCUCGCCUACAUCUUCUUUCUCGUCGCAUUCGGCUCACUCAUUCAGUUGAAGUCCUUCACUCUUAACCCCUACGGGCUGCAGUUUCUGCUGUACCUGGUGUACGCCAACACUCAGAUCGCCCUCGCCAUGCUCGCCUCUACGUGUUUCUCGCACACGCGCCCCGCCACCAUCGCAACCUACUUCUACGUGUUCGCCACCGCUCUAUUGGGGCAGUUUCUGUACCGGAACCUCCUCGAAUCAGGCUCCUUCUCAACCACAUUCACAACAGCUCUGCAGCUAUUCCCAGCCUUCGCCCUUUAUCACGGCGUCUACGAGCUCACCCAGUCGUCCCUCAUCGGCUCCUACCAGGCGUCCCAAGGCACCCUCACCUGGGUCACCGCCGCGACCAAUGGCUACCUGACAGCUGUCGCGAUCCUGGCCGUCGAGUGGCUGGUGUUCCUCCUCCUGGCGAUAUACCUGGAUCAGGUGGUUUCAGCAGGGAGCGGCGUCAGGAAGCAUCCUCUCUUCUUCCUCCGCGGCUGCAAAAGCGGCUGCAGGAAGCUUCUUGGCUCGCUCAAGAAGGUUCUAGGAACCUGCGGUAUUGGGGACGCUCGGGUGCAUGCAGCCUUCCAGGAAGGUUCCUGGAGGGGGGAAGAGAGGGAGGGGGGGGGAGCAGUGGGGGAAGGGGGUAAGGCGGAGUGGGGGGGAGGAGACAUGGAGGGUGUUGCAGGAAGGGGGGGAGUUGCAGGCAUGGGGGGAGAGAAAGAAGACAAGGCGAAAGGCCAUUUGGGUGGAUUUGACGUCGAGCUUGAGAAACGAAAGGUGCAACACCACUUGGGGAACGCCGACCUGUCCGCCCACCAGCACCCCAGCAUUCUGUGUGCCGGUCUCUCCAAGGUGUACCCCAGCAGGGACGGCAGCGGGCCAAAAGAGGCCGUGGCGGGCAUGUGGCUGGGGGUGGCACGGGGGGAGUGCUUUGGCAUGCUGGGGCCGAACGGGGCGGGCAAGACGACGGCGCUGAGGAUGAUGAUGGGGUUUCUGAAGGCGACCGGUGGGGCGGUGCACGUCGAAGGCAUGGACAUUAGCGACGACAUGGAGGACGUGUAUGCGCUCAUGGGGGUGUGCCCGCAGCACGAUCUCCUAUGGGAGCAGCUGACAGGCCGAGAGCACCUGCUGUUCUACGGGCGGCUGAAGAACCUGUGUGGGGCAGCACUGGCAGCAGCAGUGGGCGCAUCCCUCUCAGGAGUGCGCCUACUGGCGGAGGCCGACAAGCCCGUGCACCAGUACAGCGGCGGCAUGAAGCGACGCCUCUCCGUCGCUAUAUCUCUUAUCGGGGACCCUCUUGUUGUGUAUAUGGACGAGCCCAGCACGGGGUUGGAUCCUUCAUCGAGGAUGCACCUGUGGAGUGUGGUGAAGCGGGCUAAGAAGCACUGCGCCAUCGUGCUCACAACCCACAGCAUGGAGGAGGCAGAGGCCCUCUGUGACCGCAUGGGCAUAUUUGUCCGGGGGAGGUUUGCAUGCAUAGGCAGUGCCCAGGAGCUGACAGCACGUUAUGGCGGCUGUUACAUCUUCACGGUUACCACACCCGUCGACCAAGAGGCCAGCGCUGCCCUGCUGGCUCUGUCGCUCUCCAUCAACGCCAGCAGAAUAUACAACCUGUCGGGCACCCAAAAGUUUGAGAUGCCCGUGGAAGAUGUGAAGAUCUCUGAUGCAUUCGCUGCAGUCCAGGCAGCAAAGAUGUCCAUGAACAUACAAGCAUGGGGACUGACAAACUCCACCUUAGAGGAUGUUUUUAUAAAGGUUGCAAAACAAGCAAAUGCUAAUGUGAUAUAACUUGCAUGCGCCUUGCAUGUCCGCAGCACUAAUUGAAUUAAUUCUUCUAUCUACAAGAAUACCACAUUUCUUGUAAAUGAUUGCAGAUACCACAUUUGCUCUGCAUGGGCUAAUAGU